ACCAGAUGAGAAGAGGAAAGGACCAGGAGGACAGGAGAGACCAAAACACCCCGUUGGCCUAGAAGAAGCCCCCUUUUCAGUACAUGUCUCGCUCCGACGUGAAUCAGGUGGCGGUGGGCGACGAUGCCCCUGCCCCACCACCCCCAUAUACCCCACUCCCUCCCACCCCCAGGGAGCCCCUGGAUUGCUGGGCCUGCGCGGUUCUGAUCACAGCUCACAAUCUGCUGGUGGGAGCCGCUAACCUGCUGAUAUUCCUGAUCCUGUGUGGAGGAGCCCUCGCCCCCUCGGCUGCCAUGCUGCUCUACGGGUUCCUGUGCCACCCCCAGUUCCGGCGACCCAAAGAGACGCUCUGCUCCCCGCUCCUCACCCCGGUGGCCUGCACAGCUCUGCUGGUCUUCGGCGUCAUCCUUCUGCUGCCCUUCCUGAUCCUGGGCUUGGCGGCGUACGCCCGGCUGGCUCACGCGCUGAAGCUGGGGUCCUGCUUCCUGCCCUACAGCCGCGCCGUCUAUCAGGGCCGCCAACGAGGAGCCAAGGAACGCCAACAGGAGAGCAAGUCUUGGGUGUGAGGGAGGCCUUGGCCACCAGGAGGCCAUCGUACCGCGGUGGACGCCAACCCAUGGACAUCCCCACUGCCGCAGCGUGCGACGUCCUUAACCCCGAAGCCUCUCAAGUGUCCAAGGAGACACGACGCUGGCUGUGGAUUCUCGAUGUCGGCUGCAAAGCACCACUUCUUGUGUUUGGUGACCCGUUACUGGUUGUGUUAAUGUGUAAUAUGUGACAUCACAAACGGUUCAUGGCUUUUCUAGCCUACAAACCAAUAACAAUCGUUAUGGUGAAGCCCAGAGUGAUGUCACAGUAUAACACGGCGUUCUGUGCCGCAUGAGCUCACAGCCUACCUUUAAAACCAGACUCACCUGAUCUAUAUGCGCUUUAUUUUUAUAUGAAAUACAUUUCAUUAUACCAAA